AUGACAGCAACACGAUUAUCCGAACUCAGAAUUGAUCUGACGGCUGCAGAUGGAAAUCAAUCCUAUGAAUUGUUCCAAAACUUUCGUCUUGGAAUUGCUCCUAGUUACACGCUUCAUAUCGAACAUGGAACUGGAACAGCAGGUGACAGUCACGGACUUUCUAAUUCAAACAAUAACGACUUUGCCACCUUCGAUGAAGAUAAUGUGAACAGAUGUGCUGUCCGUUACCACGGUGGGUGGUGGUAUGGUUCCUGUGCAUUCGCAAAUCUUAACGGGGAAUAUGGCACUCCUGGACAUAUUUCGAGUUACAGUAAUGGUGAAGGUGGCUUUACCUACCGUGAGUUUCAGUUAUUACGAAUGUUGCGAGAAUCUUUCAUGAUGUUCAGAAGAGUGUAA